AUGGAUAUACAAGUUAGAUCAAGAUCAAAGAUAUCAAAUGAACAGGCAUUGGACUUGUUGACAAAGUUUAAUAAGGAACGCAAACAGAGCGAUCAGAACAAGCUGUUGAUCAAUGGCACAAACACAUCGGAUGACUUCUUCCAGAUCAUUACCAACAACUUGCAUCACUUCCAAAAGUACCUCUCAAAAUCAAUCCAUGGCGACGAUCAGACUGCCACCGCCGACGACGAUGACGAUGACGACGAGGCAUCAGGCAUCGAAGAGUCCAACAAGUCUAUGAUGGAGAUUGACGGCGCCAGUCAGAGUGCACACGACCGUGCCAAGCCACCCGUGCCACUCGAUCAGUUGGCCACACCACAGAAGCUUACAUCAUACGAGACUGACGAUGGUGAUAUAUCAGAGCGUAACUCUGACAAUGAUCUGCGCAAUAGAAAGAGCAACAACAAUAAUAAUAAUAGCAUGAGGGCGAAGAUCAUAUCAUCACCAGCUAGUACAAGUGAGAGUGAUGAGGAGGCUUCAUCAUCAGACGACAGCUCAGACGAGGACAACAACAACAAUACAUCAUCAAAGAAACAAUCAAACAACAAAUCAUCAACUACAUCAUCAUUAACAUCACCAUCAUCAUCAUCAUCAUCAAAGAAGAGAAAGAAUGAUGAGGAGUUGGAGUACUCAUCGGACGAGGAUGAGGAUGAGGAGGACGAGGAGAAGCCAACAAAGAAGCCAAACAACAACAAAAACGACGAUGACAACAAGAAGAAAUCAUUCUUUGCCGACUCUGACUCUGGCUCUGAGUCGGAAAGCAGCAAAAGCAGCAGCAGCGACAGCGACAGCAGCGACAGCGAAUAA